CGUCAUUACGUCACGCAAACCGUGCUUUGCGGCUUUCGUUACGUAAGUUCCAGUGAGGCGGAAGUGUGAUGUGGCUUUGAUUCCCACUAACAAAAAUGUCAGCUAUUUUCAAUUUCCAGUCACUGCUAACUGUGAUUCUCCUCCUGAUCUGUACUUGUGCCUACAUCAGAGCAAUGGCUCCCAGCCUGCUGGACAAGAAUAAGACUGGGCUUCUAGGGAUCUUCUGGAAGUGUGCCAGAAUAGGUGAGCGGAAGAGUCCCUGGGUGGCCUGCUGCUGUGUCAUUAUGGCUUUUAGUAUACUGUUCCUACAGUAGCAAUCUAAAGAAAACCACAAAUGGAAACAUUGGAGGAGUGAACAGACGAGACAUGGACAGUAUGAUCCUAGAAGCACAAUAAGACCUCCUUUGGUUAUCAAUUAGAUAAUGUAAAAACAGAGACCUGUCAUCACAUACUGAGUCACGGAGAGACCGUGUAUGUCUCUGGAGGAGGAAGGAGAGGAGGAGAGGGGUUAGCUGAUAGCAUUUGUGUGAAUCCCUGCCCAGACUUUCCAGGUCUGUACAUCUGAGUGUUUGUGGGAGGCAGAGGUGCACCGCUUUUCUGUUAUCUGCUAUUUGUGGGAUCAAAUAAUACAGUUUGUCUAAACAUUUCUAACAGAUUUGUUUUCCUCAUUUUUGUCACUAUAGGAGCUGAUCAAUCUGUUUGAAACUCUUCACAAAUGUUUAAUCUGUUAAGGGAUUUACAUGCUGACUUCUAUUUGUAACCCUGGUCCUAUUGUAUUGAAAAUGGUGAUAAUAUUCUGCAGCAAACAAAUUGGUAUUAAAGCUCCUCGGGUGUCUAGUUGUCCUACAUCUUUGCCUCUUCAGAGCUACUGAUGUUUUUAAUGUCAGUUAGUUUGCAGCUAUUUAUUAAAUAACCUUUUUGGAAAUCUGGCUUGAGGCUGAUUUAGGUUUAUUUUUUGUUUUGUUUUUUUUAAAUAUGUAUGAUUUAUAUUUUCAGCCACACUGUACAAAA